AUGUCAGUCUCUUCCCUCCGCCGUUUAGCCGUCGGAGCCGCCGUAAUCGCCGCCACAUCCGGCGCCACCGUCUACCUCUCCCCCUCCGUUGCCUCCAGCGACAGAGGCGGCGGUCCGAUUCUAGAUUCGUUGAAACAUAAACUCGGCGAUGCCUCCGCUUCAGUACCGUCUCGAUCUGCUCAAGAGUCUGUUUUAAUCAGAGCCACCUCUUCUGAUCCUUUAGAUGUUUUAGUCAUUGGCGGUGGAGCUACUGGCUCUGGCGUCGCUCUUGACGCUGCGACACGUGGACUCCGUGUUGGUCUUGUGGAGCGUGAGGAUUUCUCCUCGGGAACGUCUUCACGUUCGACGAAGCUUAUCCAUGGAGGUGUUCGAUACUUGGAGAAAGCUGUGUUCAACCUUGAUUACGGACAACUAAAACUUGUGUUCCACGCCCUCGAGGAGCGUAAACAGCUCAUCGAGAAUGCUCCACAUCUCUGCCACGCUCUCCCUUGUAUGACACCUUGUUUCGACUGGUUCGAAGUUGUAUACUUCUGGAUGGGUCUGAAGAUGUAUGACUUAGUAGCAGGACCACGGUUAUUGCAUCUAUCUAGAUACUACUCUGCUCAAGAGUCUGCUGAGCUCUUCCCUACUCUCGCAAGGAAAGGGAAAGACAAGAACUUGAGAGGAACUGUUGUGUAUUACGAUGGACAAAUGAAUGAUUCGCGUUUGAAUGUUGGGUUGGCUUGUACUGCUGCGUUGGCUGGUGCUGCUGUUCUUAACCAUGCUGAGGUUGUCUCGCUUAUAACGGAUGAUGAUAGUAAGAGAAUUGUUGGUGCUAGGGUUCGUAACAAUCUCACAGGCAAAGAGUUUGAGAGCUAUGCGAAAGUAGUUGUGAAUGCGGCUGGACCGUUCUGUGAUUCCAUUAGGAAGAUGGUUGAUGAAGACACAAAACCUAUGAUAUGUCCAAGCAGCGGUGUACACAUUGUACUACCUGAUUACUAUUCACCAGAAGGGAUGGGGUUGAUAGUUCCUAAAACUAAAGAUGGUCGCGUUGUGUUCAUGUUACCAUGGCUGGGAAGGACAGUAGCUGGGACUACGGACUCUAACACGUCAAUCACUCCACUUCCAGAACCUCAUGAGGAUGAGAUUCAGUUUAUAUUGGAUGCAAUCAGUGACUAUCUUAACAUUAAGGUUCGACGUACUGAUGUUUUGUCUGCUUGGAGUGGUAUACGUCCAUUGGCUAUGGAUCCAACAGCAAAGAGCACAGAGAGUAUCUCAAGAGACCAUGUUGUCUUCGAGGAACAUCCUGGUCUUGUCACAAUCACUGGUGGAAAAUGGACAACAUAUCGAAGUAUGGCGGAAGAUGCGGUGAAUGCAGCAAUCAAAUCAGGGAAGCUGAGUCCAACCAAUGGAUGUGUAACACAGAAGCUACAGCUUCUUGGUUCACAUGGAUGGGAGCCAUCUUCUUUCACAUCUCUUGCGCAACAAUACGUGCGCAUGAAGAAAACAUACGGUGGUAAAGUAGUUCCUGGAGCUAUGGACACAGCUGCUGCAAAGCAUUUGUCUCAUGCCUAUGGUUCAUUAGCUGAACGAGUAGCCACCAUAGCUCAGGAGGAGGGUUUGGGGAAACGGUUGGCACAUGGACAUCCGUUUCUGGAAGCAGAGGUUGCGUACUGUGCAAGGCACGAGUAUUGUGAGUCAGCGGUUGAUUUUAUAGCGAGGAGAUGUAGAAUAGCGUUCUUGGAUACAGACGCGGCGGCGAGGGCGUUGCAGCGUGUGGUGGAGAUUCUAGCGAGUGAGCAUAAGUGGGAUAAGUUGAGGGAGAAGCAGGAGUUGCAAAAGGGUAAAGAGUUUCUUCAAACGUUUAAGUCUUCCAAAAACGCACAGUUUCACGAUGGCAAACACAAUUGA